AUGUCGUACUCCAACGAGUCGUGUGGGGUGAGCUGCCCGCAGCCCAUCGCUGAGAGCUCCAACGAGCCGUGUGUGCAGCAGUGCCCCGACUCCAGAGCCCUGAUCCAGCCCCCGCCGGUGGUGGUGACCUUCCCGGGCCCCCUGCUCAGCACCUGUCCCCAGGAGAGCUUCGUGGGAUCGUCGGGCCCAGCCUGGCUGGGGCGUUCCUUCAGUUCCCGCAGCUCCUCUGGCUCUGGGGGCUCCUUUGGGCUGGGAGGUGCUGGGGGUUAUGGGGGCCCGCUGGCCUUGGGGGGCUCCCCUGGCUAUGGGGGCUCCUUUGGGUCAGGAGGUUAUGGACACUUGGGGGGCUCCUCUGGCUAUGGGGGCUCCUUUGGGUCAGGAGGUUAUGGACACUUGGGGGGCUCCUCUGGCUAUGGGGGCUCCUUUGGGUCAGGAGGUUCUGGGGGCUCCUUUGGGUGGGGACCUUAUGGAGGUUCCCAGGGCUAUGGGGGCUCAUUUGGGUUAGGGGGCUCCCGUGGUUAUAGGGGCUCCUUUGGUGGGGGCUCCUUUGGCAAUUGCGGGAGCUCCUACAGCUCCGGCUUCUCCUCGCGGGGCCUGGGCUAUUCCCUGCCCGGCUCGCAGGGAUGGGGCAGGUCCCGCCGCGGGAGCUGUGGGGUUUUCUAA